GCAAAGGGCUCGAUUAUCCGAAUGCCGAAUGCCUACAAUCUUGUUCAUGUUAUCCGCGAUUGUAUCAGUAAACGCCGUUUCUCCCACGGCCAACAGCUUCAUUUGCAAGUUCUCAAAUCUGGGUUCAUCUCCAACGUAUUCGUCUCCACAUCUCUGAUAAAUUUCUACGUCAAGUUCGAGCUCGUUCACGACGCCCAUUAUGUGUUCGACGAAAUUCCUGAACCAACUCUGGUUUCUUGGAACUCUUUGAUUUCGGGGUAUGUUCAUUCUGGUAAGUUUCAUCGAGCGUUAAAAUUGUUUUCUCAGCUGGAAAAAUCAAAUCUUGUUGCCGAUUCGUAUUCGUUCACCACGGCUUUGUGUGCUUGUGGCCAACUGAAUAGAGUGAAAGAUGGGAAAUCUUUGCAUUCCAAGAUUGUGAAAUAUGGUGCUGAAUGCAGCGUGUUUGUGGCUAAUUGCUUGAUUGAUAUGUAUGGGAAAUGCGGCUACGUUUCCGACGCGAUGAAGGUUUUCGGAGAAAUGGCUGACAAGGAUGUUAUAUCAUGGAACUCUGUUCUUGCUGCAAAUGCUAGAAACGGGGCACUUGAUGAGGCGUUUGCUGUUUUUAGUCGAAUGCCUAAUCCCGACACCAUCUCGUACAAUGAGCUAAUAGAUGGUGUCGCGAAGUAUGGAGUGGUGGAAGAUGCUAUAUCUCUGCUUUCAACAAUGCCAAACCCGAACUCGUCUUCUUGGAACGCGAUCAUAACAGGGUAUGCAAACAGGGGAAGAGGCAGAGACGCCGUGAGGUUUUUCUCCAAGAUGCACUCGUGUGGUGUUCGUAUGGAUGAGUUCUCGUUUUCGAGUGUUCUUAGUAGCGUUGCUGGAUUGUCUUCACUCACAUUGGGUAGUUUGACCCAUUGCUGCACGUUGAAGAGUGGUUUUGAUGAGCAUGUCGUGGUGGGGAGCUCGCUCAUUGACAUGUACUUCAAGUGUGGGGCGGUGAAGGAGGCGGAGUGGUUGUUUGAGUCCCUCCCAGAGAAGAACUUAGUCACUUGGAAUGCGUUGUUAUCAGGCUAUGCGCACAAUGGUGACACGGGGAAGGUGUUUGAGCUUUUUGAGGAGUUGAAAGGAGCGAAAGGCUUGAAGCCGGACGAGAUCACCUUCCUCAAUGUUCUGUCUGCGUGCUGGCAUGGUGGGGUCCGUUUAGACAUCAUGAGGGGCUACUUUGACAUGAUGAGGAUUGAGUAUAGGGUUGAUCCUACGCCGGAGCAUUGUUGUUUGAUGAUAAAGGUGAUGGGGCAAGAAGGGGAUGUAAGGGGUGCUGAGGGGAUGAUUGGUGAACUUGGGUUCGGAUCUUGUGGGAUGGUUUGGAAGGCGUUGCUUGGUGCUUGUGUGAGCUGUGGGGAUGUUCGGGUUGCUGAGGUUGCAGCCGGGAAGCUGGUGGAGCUCGAGGGGCAUAAUGAGUUUGUGUACGUGAGCUUGUCGAAUGUGUAUGCACGUAGCGGGGAUUGGGAUGGGGCGGCGAGGGUGAGGAGGGCGAUGAAGGAGAUAGAGGUGAGGAAAGAAGCUGGUUGUAGUUGGAUUGAGCUUCAAGAGUAGAGGUAAAUAGGGUUCAUGUCAUACAUAUCUCACUUCGAUUUAUGUUUCCCUUUGAGAUUAGAUUGGACAAACUUUCAUGUCUUUUUGGUGUGACUGCAAAGAGUUGCAAUAGAGAAAUUAUCAAAAGAUUCUCUAAUUUAAAAUUAUUAAGAAUUUGGGUGUAUAUGGAAGCACAUGAAUGACAUUUGUUCACUGCUACCAAAUCUUGAGGAUCUCAAGUUAGAACAGUAUGCCUUUAGAGGCCCAGAGUGGGAUAUAAAAUUAGGGUGUUUUCCGAAACUUGAGACACCGAUUUGGUGCGAUGGAGAGCUCAACAUGGAAGCCUCCCAAUGCUUGAGUUCCUAAGCAUACGGCAUUGCUACAGAUUACAACAACUCGAUUGGACGCGUGAUUCCUCAAUGGUCACUAUGUCUACAAUUGAAUUAGUUGAGUACAAUCCCAAAGCUGUCAUUUCUGCCAAACAAUUAAGACCAGAAUCUCUCUUCACAGUUCUUUGCGACUCUUCUUUUUUAGAAGAGAAUUCGUAGCUGGACUCUCAGCUUGGUUAACAGGCAAACGAGAGGUCAAACGCUGCGUUAUCCCAACAAUGCAGUUGAAUUACCAUGCUGUUUAAAAAUCGAAGGAUAAUUACUUGUUGGAUUUUGUUGAGGAUUAUGAAACCUAAAUGUUGAACUGUAUUUGUGCAUGAUUUUCACUUUGUUUUUCACCUAACUCUUCA